GGAGCUCACCCGGGCCACUCCUCGGCGGUGCGGCAGCACUGCCUGGACUCCACUGCGCCUCUGAGGGGCUCAAACCCACAUUCAAGAUCUGUGUCCAGUUGUUCACAUGGUUUCCAGGCACAAUGAGACACACUGGGUCUUGGGAACUUUGCCUCUGUGUGGCAGUGCUCCUGCUUCCUGCUUCCACUUCCAUGAUGGUCAGGGACCAGCCAGUAGAAAAUCAAUGUCCUGUAUUAAGAACAGUGGGACACCAGUUUACACAAGAUAGCAAAGAUGAACUUUCAGGUUUUGACCUAGGAGAGAGCUUUUCUCUGAGACGUGCAUUUUGUGAAGGUGAUAAAACCUGUUUCAGACUGGGAAGUGCACUUCUUAUUAGAGAUACCAUGAAGAUGUUUCCCCGGGGCCUUCCUGAGGAAUACACCAUAACAGCCAUGUUUCGUGUACGAAGAAGCACCAAAAGGGAACGGUGGUUUCUGUGGCAGAUUUUAAACCAGAAGAAUAUGCCACAAGUUUCUAUCGUAGUUGAUGGUGGAAAGAAGGUGGUGGAAUUUAUGUUUCAAGCUGCUGAGGGUGAUGUGUUGAACUACAUUUUUAAAAAUCGAGAACUCCGUUCUUUGUUUGAUCGUCAGUGGCAUAAACUUGGCAUUGGUGUACAAUCCCGGAGCAUUUCACUCUAUAUGGAUUGUAAUUUAAUUGCAAGCCGGCAUACCGAUAAACGGGACACUGUGGACUUUCAUGGAAGGACUGUUAUUGCGGCACGAGCUUCAGAUGGCAAGCCUGUGGAUAUUGAACUUCACCAACUUAAAAUCUACUGUAACUCAAACUCCAUAGCUCAGGAGACAUGCUGUGAAAUAUCAGAUACCAAGUGCCCACAGCAGACUGACUUUGGAAGUACCAUAUCAUCAUCAUCAGUACCAGCUCAUGCCAAUAAAAUGCCUGCAUAUCUGCCAGCAAAGCAGGAAUUGAAGGGCCAGUGCCAGUGCAUUUCGAAUAAGGGAGAAGCAGGAUUACCAGGAGCUCCAGGCUCACCUGGUCAGAAAGGGGAUAAAGGAGAACCGGGUGCAGUUGGUAUUAAAGGUGAAAUUGGUGCUCCUGGAAUUCCUGGGGUAAAGGGUGAAAGUGGUUUACAUGGAGUUCCUGGCUUACCCGGUCAAAAGGGAGAGCAAGGUUUGGAGGGCAGCAAAGGAGAAAUCGGUGAAAAGGGUGAACAAGGAAUAAAAGGAGAUCCAGGUCUAACUGGCAUCAAUGGACAAGAUGGUUUGAAAGGUGAUUUGGGUCCUCGUGGUCUACCUGGCCCAAAAGGAGAAAAGGGAGAUGUGGGACCUCCAGGACCACCAUCCCUAACUGGUUCGCUGGGGAUACAAGGUCCCCAAGGUCCACCUGGAAAAGAAGGUCAGAGGGGAAGACGAGGAAAAACCGGUCCUCCAGGAAAACCAGGCCCCCCAGGACCACCUGGACCUCCAGGAAUACAAGGACUACAACAGAGUCUUGGUGGUUAUUAUAACAAGGGAAAUAUUGGUGAACAUGGAGCUGGUAGCCUAAAAGGAGAAAAGGGUGAAACUGGGCAACCAGGAUUUCCAGGGUCCAUUGGCCCUAAAGGACAAAAAGGAGAAUCUGGGGAACCUUUUACAAAAGGUGAAAAGGGAGAUCGAGGAGAACCUGGGAUAAUAGGAUCACAGGGGAUAAAGGGUGAACCUGGAGAUCCUGGUCCCCCCGGUGUAAUAGGAAGCCCAGGACUAAAGGGUCAGCAAGGACCUGCAGGAACUAUGGGACCCAGAGGACCACCAGGAGAUAUUGGAUUGCCAGGAGAACAUGGUAUCCCAGGAAAACAAGGCAUUAAAGGAGAAAAGGGGGAGCCAGGUGGGAUUAUAGGCCCUCCUGGACUUCCAGGUCCAAAAGGUGAGGCUGGUCCUCCAGGGAAAAGCCUGCCAGGGGAACCAGGAUUGGAUGGAAAUCCUGGAGCAUCUGGUCCACGUGGACCAAAGGGUGAAAGAGGACUGCCAGGGGUCCAUGGUUCUCCAGGUGACACAGGCCCACCAGGGGUAGGAAUUCCUGGCCGAACAGGCUCCCAAGGACCAGCAGGAGAGCCAGGUCUUCAGGGCCCUCGAGGUCUCCCUGGGUUGCCAGGAACUCCGGGAACCCCAGGAAAUGAUGGAGCUCCAGGAAGGGAUGGAAAUCCAGGUCUGCCAGGCCCCCCAGGUGACCCGAUUGCACUUCCUCUCUUGGGUGACAUCGGUGUCUUGCUCAAGAACUUCUGUGGCAAUUGCCAAGCCAGUGUUCCUGAAUUGAAGAGCAACAAAGGAGAAGAAGGAAGCGCCGGUGAUCCUGGAAAGUAUGAUUCUGUAGCCAGGAAGGGUGAUAUCGGGCCACGGGGUCCUCCAGGAAUCCCAGGCAGAGAGGGACCAAAGGGAAGCAAAGGAGAACGGGGCUACCCUGGGAUACUGGGAGAGAAAGGUGAUGAGGGUCUUCAAGGAAUUCCAGGUUUUCCAGGUGCACCAGGCCCAUCUGGGCCCCCAGGUUUGUUGGGAAGAACUGGACAUCCCGGUCCCUCUGGAGCAAAAGGUGACAAGUAUCCCGAGGAGCCUGCCAAACCCUACCAGCCUUUUUCCUCUGUUUCUACGGAAAUUAUUCAGUCAGAGAUUUGCCUUUUGAAGUUAAUGUGA